AAAAAUAUCGAAACAUUCAUCGUGAUUUUUAACAUUGAAUGAUGAGAACAUUAACGUCUGGAAGGGCAUUCUCCGCCACUAGAAAUGUAAAAUUUGAAACAUUUUUACUCCGUGCCCACCAUAGGGGCGCGAAGGGGAGCCACUAUAUACAGCGAAGUUUAAAGAAGCAAAUUUUCUAUAUAGGCCCCUCCAAUAUUAAAAUUGUGGUUACGGCAUUGCUAUAUAUCGUUCAUUAAUGAAUAUAAGGAAGGGGAAUUAUCAAAAAUUAGAAGUUAAUGGCUGUUUUUCCUUAUCUUCUGUGUUAAAACAUCUCCUACAUUUUAAAAACAAUAAUAUAUUUACCAACAUAUAUUCAAACAUGUUUUCUUAGAGAUUUUGAGAAACCAUGCUCAAAAUGAUAUAAAAUCAUUGUCGCUGGUAACUUUCACGGUCUGUGAACAUGCAUGAUUUAGUAUUUUUUAUUGUGUGUACGAUAAACAUAUUAUUUUUCACAAAAGGCAUUAAAUAAAAGAUUGUUAAUAAUUUAAAUUAAUUUAUAAUUUAAAUUUUUUCUUUAUUAAAAAAAGUUAUUUUUUGUUUUUCAACAUCUUUCUCGGUUACAUCUCACCAUUUUUUUGUUAAUUGAAUUGACAGGUGGCUUGCCUAUGUUUACAAAAAUAUAAACAACAGUCUACAUUAAGUAAACAACAGUCUACAUUAAUUGAAGAAUUCCAUAUAAAAAAGAAACAUUCGCUUAAAAUUAGUAAAAAUUUUAGUUCCUAAUGAGUCGUAGCUACCCAAAUAUAAUAUCAAAAAAUGAUAAAUUAAAUAUAUAAUCAAAUAUAUCACAAAAUGAUAAAUUUCUGAUUUCAUCAAAUUUUUUUCUCUUCAAUCAAAAUUGCCCAAAUAAGGAGCAUCCAAUAUAAAUGAUGAAAACACAUCUUCUAUUUUAUUGUUAAGACAGAGAUCCUCAAACAACAUCUACACAGCAUUCUUCUCAAAGAAUAAGCCACGUAAAGUGUAUCAAGUUAUUGCAUUUGGUAGCUAGCUAACAGUUGAAAAAUUAAAGGUUUUCCAUAUGCUUUUGAUAAAAGUCCAAUAACGUCCUUGUCCUCAUACUAUUGACUCUAAAAAUUUGACUUGUUAUGGUCAGGAAAAUUUUGGCCCUCUGAAGAUCUCUUUGAUAUUUCUCCAACAUUGCUAAGAAGUGGUCCAUCAUCCUUUUUCAUCCGUUAUUUUUGCAGCUGGUGUAAAUUAUUCUAUAAUAAUUAUAAGUGCUGUAGUUUUUACUACAUGUAUGAUACACCACAAAAUCACUAGAAAGUCACUAAGGGUUGUAUCUAUUCGGGAAUUGUACAGUGCUAGGUACCUCUACCUACAAAAAACCAGCAAAACACUUUACAAAUUCACGCCACUAAAACACCAUCUUUGAUUGAAACGUCACGCAUGCAUUACUUUUUUCUGCAUGCUUAAUUUUGGGCCAAUUUAAGUCUGUUGUACCAGGGCCUCGUACGCGUUUCAUCCUCAUAUCAAAAAACGCUAAAGGCCCUGGGAUCAAGGUUGCCAUUUUGCCCUAUGUGAUCUAUCUUAUCAGCAAAAAAAAUCACCAAAAAGUGACUAAAUUUUGGCCAGGUGACUAAUAUUUUUUGCCGAUUAAAAUUUAUGCCGACUUUUUUAUUACCGACCAAACUUUUGCCGAAAUUUUUUUUCCGACCAUAGUUAAUAGAAAAAAACACUGGUUCGGAAGAUCAGCAAACUUCAAAGGAUUCUCAAACGGUGUUUAUAAGUACGUCACGUGACCUUGAUAAUGCACGAUCAUUUCAAAAUGGCUUCUAAUGUAGGAGGAAAUGAUAGUGUUUUAGUAUCCUUAGAUAUUUUUGAGGGUGACUUUGAAGAUAUUAUUGAAGUUUUAAAGGUAGAUGAAUAUAUAAAUGAAUUCUCGAACGAUCUAUGUGAAGACAUCGAACUUGGCAACUUUCCCUGUGAAGUAUGUGACAAAGUGUGCAAAAGUAAAGGUGGAUUAAAACUUCAUUGCAUUAAGAAGCACACUAAAAAUGAGCUUGAGGCUAAGAAGGAAGAGGAACAAAAGGAAGAACUAGUUGAUGAAGAAUUUAUAACUAAACUUUUAAGAAAGACAUUGGAAAAUGUAGUAACUAGUGACAAUGUUUUUUCAGAAAUUAUUUCAAAAGAAUUUCAAGCAUAUGAAGAGUAUGGUUUUGGCAGAGCUAUGUCACACAAAAAAUAUUACAUCAAUUGUUACACAUGCUAUAAAUUUUAUACCUCAAUCGAUAAACAGUAAAUACUUCAAAAUAGUUCUCAUGUAGCUUGGUGACUUAUUAUGGUCUACGAUUAAUGAAACUACAAGUGCUACUGCUGAAAAAAAUAUUAAUAUAUCAGAAAAGGAAAUAGGAGGACUCCAGUAUAUUGGGGGAUAUAUUUUACACAAACUUCACAGAAAUUUGAAAAGUUCAAAAAAUUGGAAGAGUCUGGAAUACCAACAAGCAAUAGCACUUAUGGAAGUAAGUAAGGGGGAAGAAGUCAAUAAUUUGAUUUCUCAUUUAAAUCGAGGUGGAGUGUGGCAAAUUUCCAAUUUAAAAAAUAUUAAUAAUCUGUGAAAAAUACUUCCGACUAAAGACUAAAGAUGUUAUAUGGUUGGCUAUAUAUGGUUGCAGUGAUUGGUCUUCUCUGUUAAGUAGCUCCAAGGGUGAUUUACGAAUUGCGUGUACUAUGACCUGGCUAGAAAGAUCUGGUUGAGUGCCACUGCCAAAUGUGAAGUUUUCAAUGCUUACCAAAAGAUUUGAAAUAGUAAUGUUUUUAAGUGAUCUUCUGCAAUUUUUAUAUAAAGUAUGAUCUGCUGGUAAAAACCACUUAUAUGCCUGAAUUGUGAAGCCCAAACCAUCAUCAAUACACACUUCUAAGUAUGGCUCACUCCAGGGUUGUGUAAACCUUUUAAAUGUAGUAGUAUUGCCAGUUAAAAAUUCUCCAACCAUUCAAGGAUUUUAAGUUUUUAAUGCGUGUGUUUAAAUCUUUAAGAUUUAUUUAGAAUUGUUAAGAACAAAUUAAGAACAUUUUAGCCUAAAAAUCUAACAAACCUAAAGCAAUAUAGAAAGGAAACUUACAUAUUUCAAUGUCUUCUUUAUGAAAAUGUUUUUCACAUGCAUAAACAUUAUUAUUAGCUAUUUGUUUUUUUAAGUUCUCAUCUACUACUCUAGUUUUGGUUAUUUCAGACAGCCACCGUUGACGCCACUCUUUCUGAACAUGUUCUGCAGGAAUUCUAAAAAUACCAAUGCCUUUUGUUCUUCUACACAUACUGCACCCGAAUACACUACAACUUACACCUGGCAUUUUGUGUGUUAAGUUUUGCAGAAUUGUUUUGAUCAGGGGCGGAUCUAGGGUUAGGCAGCCUAGGCAAUUGCCUAAGCCUAAUUUUGUGAUCUACUAGAGAAAAAAAAUUCUAUAGAAUAAUCUAUAAAAAAACUAAAUUAUUUUUAUAAAUUUUUUUUUGGCAUCCGCCGAUUUCGACUUCAUGACGAUGCGGCGUUUUUAUCAAUUUUUUAUAUUUUACUCAAAUAAAGCAAACCCGGGGCGAUCUUAGGCAAAGUGUCGAUUCGCCUAAAACGUCCGCGGGUUUUAAAGUUCCAAAUGAAUGAAAAUCACAGAUGGAAGAAAAAACGCCUAAAACGUCCGCGGGUUUUCAAGUUCCAAUGAAUGAAAUUCUGGAAUGUGAAGAAAAAACGCCUAAAACGUCCGUGGGUUUUAAGUUAAAACGCCUAAAACGUCCGUGGGUUUUAAGUGAAAACGCCUAAAACGACCACGGCUAUGGUUACAUGGACAAGUGGAUGUUUCUUUUUCAACAUGGUUUACCUGGGUCAGAUCCAAUUGCAGGGAGCACUUCAAAUGUCUAGAAUAUCAAAGCAAUUGUAUGCUACCUAAGUUAAAUGAAGAACUUUUGAAUUUGGAAACCCUUUCAGAUAUUGAAAGGAUUGGAAAUGCUGGAGGGAAAUAUUUUAGCCACGUGUGCCAUGUUGUUGUCUCAAACCAAACCUUUAACUGCCUCUGCAAGAGACAAUAAAUUCAUUUAAAGUAAGUAAUACUUGAAAUAUUUUAGU